UUUGUUCACUUGUGUAGCCCUGCUAUCUUUCUUCUUAUCCACCAACACCAUCAAACCCUAACUAGCUAAACCACAUUUUAAAUGAACGUCAUCACUGGAUAAAAGUCAAUCAAGCUACAUAUAUAUACACACCUAGUUGAGCUGUUCGUUGCCUCUCUUAAAAUAUUUAAGCGUCAGUUUGGAUAAUAAUUUAGUUCGACUUGGACUAGUGCAUAACUAAGUAAUUGACUGCAAAUUCCACUUGGAGACAAUGCACAAUAACAUCUGAGCCUUCUUCAUCUGUCUUUAAUAAACGUGGCAAACAUCAGCAAUUAAUUCCAACAUUUUUGUAGACAAGAAUCUUGUCACAAGAUAUAUUUGGUGGGUGCUUCUUACUAAAUUCCCGAUAAGUCGACUUACUCGAGAAAUACCUGUACGCCACGAGAAAUGAUGCGAGGACUUAACAGUUGGCAGCUGAAUGGGAACUACUUGGUGGCCAUACAAUACGGGGAUGUUGAACAAUGUGCUGCCCUGUUAGAAGCUGGAGCUGACGCCGAUCAAACCUUCAAAAUCAACUCGGUCACAAGACCUGCCCUCUGCCUAUCCGUUGAGAGGGGAGCUUACAAUCUCGUUGAACUUCUCUUAAGAAAUGGGGUGGCCGUGAAUCGGCGAGAUUCAAAAGGAUGCACAUCUUUACAUGUGGCCGUGGAAAUGGGGUACGACUCCAUUGUUGAUUUACUUCUUGUAAAUAGAGCAGAUGUAAAUGCUGCGGAUGAUCAGUUGGUCACUCCUUUGCAUAUUGCUGCCAAACGUGGUGCAUUACACACUGUCUCCAGUCUAAUUUCAUAUGGAUGUGAUAUAAAUAAGCAGGAUGAUAAGGGACGAACUGCUUUAAGCUACGCUUGCGAACACGGCCGCAAGCAAGUAAUUCAAGUAUUACUUGCCAAUGGGGCAUUUCCUGAUGAUCUCGAUUCUCUUGGAUACACCCCACUAAUGUGGGGCCUAUUAAGUUCAAAUUUCGAGUAUGAUACAGUACGCCUGCUUCUGGAACAUGGAUCUCGUUUGGACUUGAUGACAGGACAAGGGAAUACACAACUACAGAUUGUCAUUCUCAGCAAUAAUCUCGAGAAAUGGAAAUGUCUCAAACUUUUGCUCAAAUGUGGAUGUGAUGUGAACAAGUGCAAUAAAUUGGGGCAAAGUACAGUGCAUCUUGCCUGCCUUAUGUCGGACAUCGAAUCCCUUCGCAUUCUUAUUCAAGCCAAUGCCAACGUCAAUACGGUUGAUCGACUUGGAAUUUCUCCAUUGAGCCACUGUAUAACAAAUGGUUUUUCUGAGUUUGCUCACCUGCUAAUAGACGGUGGUGCGACGGAAGAUCUGAAUCGCCUUAAUCCACAACUUCAGCGCCUCAAAAGUUCCUUCAGAAAAGAUAUUCAACAACGAUUGAAAAACCCCAAGUCUCUCAUGGAAAUCGCACGAAAAUCUCUGUGUUCCAGUUUGGGACCUUUUACCGAAGAUUGGACAGAGAAAAAUCGGUCAGAGUUACCUCAUAGCCUGAUUCCGUACAUUUUGUACACUGAAUAGCGUUCCCUAAAUUAAGUACUUUCACACCCGAUGAAUUGCAUACCUAAGCCUUUAUGUAUUUAAUAUCAAUUAUUAUUGUAACCAACUCAGGUUAGGUACUUAUUGUUUGUUUUGCUUGCUUGUUUUUCUCUUUCUAGACACAUUUAAUUCUCGUUACGUUCUUUUUUAGCUUGCAAUAUUUAUUUGACGAUGUGCAUUUAAUUAGCCAUAAAUAUAAUUAUACACCAGCAAAUGUUACAUACUAUGUGCGAGUGAAAGCCAGAUCUGUUGAGAAUAAACAAGUAACAUGUUGAUAAAA